AUGCUACUGUAUUCCGAAGUGAAUUACAAGUAUAACGGUUUAGAACUACCUCGAGAACGACAACCUGUCGUAUGUGCACUGCACCCUAUUGAUUAUUUACUGAUAUGGAUAAGACCUACAUAUAGGAGUAUGGGUAACACGGAUCGGGGUCAAAUGGCAAAAGCAAUAGUGCAUAGGCAUCCGCGGCCAGCAAUCACCAUAGCGAGGUGUGACGUCGCGGCGUGCGCCGGCAAUUGUUUACGGCGCGCACGCGCGGCGGCGGGCGCGUGUCCCCCCGCGCCCCGGCGGCAGCUGCUCCGCACAGGUGGCGCGUGUGGGAACUCGACAGCUCUGCGCGUUCCCACGAUCGCGCGCCCUCCGCUCCCUAUAUAA